GGGUCAGGUUGUGUCCUUCACAAGCCCAACAAUGGCACUGAAAGAUUAGCCCGACACGGCACACACCCAUGUCUUGACCUGCCGUCUCUCUCCCCCACCGCAAUGCCAUUGUGCCAAACUUCCUCGCUCUAUAUAUAGCACCCGUUAACUCCCCUUUUUCGACUCGAACAACCGCCGUUACUCCACUGCAGUCUGCCGCUGGUCUUCCAUCUCAAAAUCCCAGCCGUGAGUUCGGAGAGAUGGCCAUCGGGAAGGGCAACAAGCUUCCGCAGGCGGCGGCCAUCAAGCAGAUGCUGAAGAGGUGCUCGAGCCUGGGGAGGAAGCAGGGCCUGGACGAGCAGCUGCCGGGGGACGUGCCCAAGGGCCACUUCGCGGUGUACGUGGGGGAGAAGCGGAGCCGCUUCAUCGUGCCCAUCUCCUACCUGAAGCGGCCCGAGUUCCAGAGCCUCCUCCGCCAGGCCGAGGAGGAGUUCGGCUUCGACCACGACAUGGGGCUCACCAUCCCCUGCGAGGAGGUCGUCUUCCGUUCCCUCACCUCCGUGCUCCGGUGAACGCCUCGCAGACCGAAGCACCACCACCGACUGCUGGUGUUCCUUCUUUCUUUUUGUUCCCAAACCCCACAUGUACUGCUGUGGGUUGGACUUGUAGAUCUUAGAGCGGCCUGCGUCACGCGCCCCCCUGUGAAAAGUGACUCGACUAGAACAAAGGAAAACAGGGCUUCUUCCCCUGUUCGUAUGCAUCUCUCCUUUCUCAGAUGCACUGUUCUCGCAUUUUACUGCGUGAAGAAUUCAUAAACUCAAA